UAUGUAUAAGCCCAUAGGUUUUGAGCUAAUUUAUCCUGAUGGGUGUAAGGAAAUCAGUGAAUGUAUACGAUUGGAUGAACUAAAACGCCGAUUAAAUGACUUGGCUAAAGCCCUAGCACAAUUGGUGGAGACCGAAUCUUUACAAAAUGAAUCGUCUGAUCAAGAUAAUUCCGGAUUUUUCGGAAUGUCUAAUGAUCACAAUAAAUACAGGAUGAAAGGCCUGCUUUUGCAUUUAUGUACACCCCAAUUCACCCUGAAUUCCGACGUAGAAGUCAGGUUAAGGGUUGCAACUUGUAUUUGCCAUCUAAUCAAAUUGUAUUGUCCUACUAAUCCACUUGAAGGGCUUUCUAAUGGGGCUGCUAUAAUGAAGACUUGCUGUCAAGUCGAUGUUCUUCUCUGGUGUAAUUUAGUAGACGAUGGGGAAGAGCUCCUCCUUGAGUCACUUAAAGUCCUAAUUGGAGUCACCAAAAACAUCAAUGUUUGGGCUUGGUCGAGUGAAGAUAAUGUCAAGCAAUUACUUCUUGACGUACUUUGUCACUUGAUUUCUCGUUCUGAUAAUUUGAUCAAUCAAGAGAUCACAACAUAUUUAAUGCGCUUUCUUAUUGAUCCGCUUAAGACCGCAAACCCAGAGCAAUAUAAUUUUGUGCGUGAUUUGGUAAUUCGGACUUCAACUCAUCUUGAAUAUCAUAUUCAAAUGCUUCUCCAAAGUUUUCUCGUAGUUACAAGUCCAGCGAGUAAAAUAAAAGCAAACGCUUCAAAGCAAGAUAAAAAUGCUCACACUGUGGUUGACAUUGACGAAACAUCUGAAAAAGAUGAUUAUGAAGAAGAGGCAGAUAGCUCAGGACGGCCGGAUGAUACUCUAGGAGAGCAUAGCUUUUUGCUUAUUUACGCUUUACAUAAAAUUCAAGAAAGUCUCGUCGCACCGAUUCUUCCGACGAUAGAAUUAAAAUUGAAAUCUCACAACUCUAGAGAACGUAAACGUGCAUUUAGACUUCUUGCUCGCUUAUUUUCGGAACCUAGUUCAACUCUCUAUCAAAAGUAUCCCAGCCUCUGGGACGCCUUUCUUGGGCGUUUUCAUGAUAUUAGCAGUGAGGUUCGAAGAAUUUGUGUUCACAUGGUGCCACAGUUGCUGAAAAAUAAUCCCGAUCUUCCACAAGAGCGAAUAAGGUCAUCUCUUAAAGAAAGAGUUUUGGAUCAUGAUGAAGGUGUUCGCCUACUUGCCCUCAAAAUUGUAUCUAUUCUAGUCAAGGAAUCUCUUGACUCAAUCUCUGACGAUUAUUUUACUGUUCUGAAAGAUCGAUCUCGCGAUAAAUCUUUGGCUAUUAGAAAGGAAGCGUUGGGUGCCCUUGCAUGCAUAUUUAAAAGGGCCUUGCUUUCUUGUAAAGACAUGGAGUUGGCUCAUACGCCUAACCUCUCUCAAGAACGUAUUUCUACCACUUUAAACACGAUUCUGCAUCUAUACUAUCAAUCUUCUACUGAGGACAAGUGCGUCAUUCUGUUAUUUAUUCAAUAUUGA